AUGGCAUCCAUAGAGUCCUUGCUCAAUCCUCUUCCCGAACUGGGUCGCAUUCAGCUGCCCAGUCCUUCUCUGACCAGCUACACGAGAGACAAUCCAUCCCCGACGCCACGGUAUAAGAAACAGAAGGUUGCCAAAGAUGCGCCCAUCUUCACGCGAGGCAAGACACGCGGAGUGGUGAGAUACCCUCCUUGCGAAGAGCAAGAUGAGGUAUUGGCGGAGGAGCAUCGUCGCUUCGAGAUCCAUCCAAUGGGACAUAUUGCGGAAUACCCCAGACAUAUCCCAUACAACAGCGAGAAGAAAUCGUUCCAGGAAAAGACGGGGCGGGAAAGCUUCGAAGUAUUUCAGUAUACGUUCAGGAUCCCGGAGGAAGAAAAGACAUGGACGGUCAUGUGGGACUACAAUAUCGGUCUGGUGCGGACGACACAUCUUUUCAAGUGCAAUGACUACUCCAAGACAACACCCGCAAAGAUGCUGAAUGCGAACCCCGGUCUUCGAGACAUCUGCCACAGCAUUACUGGGGGAGCGCUCGCGGCACAAGGCUACUGGAUGCCCUUCGAAGCUGCCAAGGCAGUUGCGGCAACCUUCUGCUGGAGAAUACGCUAUGCCCUAACGCCCCUUUUCGGACGCGAUUUCCCUUCCCUAUGUAUACCGCCUGAAGAUCGAGAGCGUUUCGGUAGGAUGAUCAUUGAUUCUUCCGUCGUGAGAAAGGCGACAGAAGAAGCGAACUAUUAUCGCACGCUGGAGGAACGUUCGACGUAUGACUGUAUUCCCCGGUUGCCGCCCCCUGGUCCUCCUGGCCCGUCGCAGCAGGAGAGAAUUGGCAAGGUAAUUCAACCCAGGUCGACAAGGAGAAGUCGAGAGUCAGAUACAUAUCAUGCCGAUAGUGAUACCUCCCCCGCUGCCCGCUACGGUAACUCGUUCACACCAGUCAAUAGACCCCAGGGGCAAGGGCAAGGAACCCAGCGCGACAAACUUCCAUCUCCGCGGAGAUUGCUUGCAUCGAUGUCGAAUAUUUCUAGGGUGGAGGAAGCCAGCGAUGAGAGUGAAACCGAAAAGGAGUCAGUUGGUUCCCCUGACAAGUGCAGGACCCGGAAGACGCGGGCGCCUACUGUGAUCAUGGGCGACACUAACGACAACGACGAAGACUACAUCGAGACAGAAGAUGAGAGCCUUUCCUCAAGAGCUUCAUCUGACAGCGACAUCGACAUCCACACCCCGAGGGCGCGGGAACAUCCGCGCGCACCAUUUAUCCGUGAAGUCAACGCGGCUCACGCUCUCCUCACUCUUCAUCUACAGGAUGCAGCCCUCAUCGACGGGCCUGACGACUCUGGACAUUCGGGGCGUCGUAUCAAAUCCUACGAGCAGGCCAGGCACGAUGCGAGACGCAAGCGACGCCGUGCCUCUGCAUAA